GGCGUGCUCACACGAGGUCGCGCACGAGCACGAGGGAGAGAGGUUAAUCACUGCCGCGCCAAGAACACCGCGGGUUGGGUGGGUGGAUUCGGCUGCGGAGUUGGAGGCGGCGGGGAGAUUUGUUUCGAGGAGGUGAGGUGUGGGGAGGAGGAGACAUCGGCCGGAGGGGAGAUGGCGGCGUCCGCGAGGCCCGGGGAGAGGGCGACCAGCUUCGCCGUGGCAUGCAGCCUCCUCAGCCGCUUCGUCCGCCAGAACGGCGCCGCCGCGGCCGAGCUCGGCCUCGGGAUCAAAGGUGAAGCCGAGCCGCAGAGGGCGCCGGCGACGAUGAGCAUGCUGCCCGGAGCGGACGGCGAGGAGGCGGAGAGGAGGAAGGAGACUGUGGAGUUGGAGCUGUUCCCGCAGAGUGCCGGGUUCGGCGUGCAGGAGGCUGCUGCUGCUUCUGAUGCUUCUAGGGAGCAAGAAAAGAAAGAGAAGCCUCAGCAGCUCACCAUCUUCUAUGACGGGAAGGUGCUCGUGUUCAACCACUUCCCAGCCGACAAGGCAAAGGACCUGAUGCAGCUGGCCAGCAAGGGCAGCCCUGUGGUUCAGAACGUUGGUUUGCCUCAAUCCUCUUCACCCACAACCGUCACCGACAACGCGAAGGUCCAUCAGGUCGUGCCGGCCCCGGUCAGCAGCUUGCCUGGUGCUCAGGCUGAUGCUCAGAAGCCUGCUCGCCCAAACGCUUCUGAUAUGCCUAUUGCUAGGAAGGCAUCACUUCACCGGUUCCUCGAGAAGAGAAAGGAUCGUCUCAAUGCAAAGACACCAUAUCAAACUUCUCCUUCCGACGCAACACCAGUCAAGAAGGAACCUGAGAGCCAGCCAUGGCUUGGACUAGGACCGAAUGCCGUGAGGUCCAACAUGAGCUAGCAUGUUAUGCGGCCAAUAAGACGGCACGACAACCUUACCAAACCUUUGCAGAAUGAUCUGAAAUAUGCUUGCUUGCCAUUAGAGUACCAAAUCAUAAAUAUUCUCUUGUAUCAUGUUUUAGUGUUUUUCUUUAGGUCGUGGUUCUAAGUCCUCUUGUCAUAUAGUUCUGGAUGUAAAGAAAAGUAGCCAGCCAUGACCAUUACCGAGAGCCGGAGAGAAGUUUUGGGUUGUUUACACACCGCGCCUCUGAAUUGGCCAUGCUAAGGAAAAAAAUAUAGUGCAAAGGGACAUGUAUUUUCUGAAAUUCGGAUCAUCUGGCUCUAGCCUUGCUCUAUGCGAUUGUAAUGGAUCCAGGAUAUCAUCAGACUACUAUUGUUAUUUUCUGAUUA